UUCCUUUUCUUACAAGGAAACCCCACAAUAGCAACGCGCCAUACACGCGCAGGUCUCCUUUCUAGCAAGCAAAAUCACAACACAGACAAGACAGCCAUUCAAACAUUCUACAGGUGGCUUAUAUAAAUGUCUCUUCAAGGUUCAAGAGCGAAGACUACUACCACUAUAUUGAAGAUGAUAUUUUUCCUGAAAUCUUUGUCAAGAUCAGUCCAUGAUCAAGAACAUUAUCACGAGCCAGUUGCUGAGACCGAGGAGGUCGAGAACAAGAUUAGUACUGAUGGCAAGUGCACUUUAUUAACAGUGUGGAGAAAGUCACUCUUAAUCAGUUGCAAUGGGUUUACAGUUAUCAAUUCUUGUGGAGAUUUAGUUUAUCGCGUUGAUAAUUACAUUGAUCGUCCUGAGGAACUCAUUCUUAUGGAUGGCUCAGGAAAAUCAAUCCUCACAAUGCGUCGACGUAAGAAGCUUGGAGUACGAAUUGAUAGCUGGCUUGUCUAUGAAGGUGAAGUAGGUAACCAUUGCGCAAGAACCAAAUUAUCAAAGAAUCCAAUUUGGUGUGUCAGGAAGAAUACCAAUCACAAUGCACUUGCUUAUGUUUUUCGAGGAUCCUCGGAUAAAAGACCUUCGUUUGUGAUCGAAGGUUCUUAUACGCAUAGAUCAUGCAAAGUGUUAGAUGGAUCAAGAAAGGUGUUGGCAGAGAUCAAGAGGAAAGAAGCUAUAGUUGGAGGUGUUUCUUAUGGGGUAGAGGUUUUUGUUUUGAAUGUAGAGCCGGGAUUUGAUCCUGGAUUUGCCAUGGGUUUAGUUCUCAUAUUGGAUCAAAUAUUUUCCUAAUUUUGAUUUCUUUUCUUUUCUUGGGCUAGGAAUUAGUCUUUGUAAUGAGAAUGCAAGAUAUGAAUGUCCAUAUGUUUUGCCACAA